CAGGCUAGUAGACCGUUGGAGGCGACGACGCACGCAGGGAGGGAGGCCGAGCGGAGAGGGAGCCGUCGCCGGCGGCGUCCACUGCCUGGAGUCGCUGCCUCGCAGAGAGGCGAAGAGUCUGGGGCUGGAGCCGUGAUGGAGCCGAAGCGGGUGUUGGCAGGGCCCGACCGGCUCUCCUCCCUCCCGGCGGAGCUGCGGGACGAGAUCCUCGUCCGCCUCGACCUCCGGGACGCCGUGCGCACCUCCGUGCUCUCCCGCACCUGGCGCCACCUCUGGAAGUCGCUCUCGGUACUCUCCCUCUCCUUCCCCUUCGGCACGCACCCCUCGGUCGUCGACAGCGUCCUCCUCCCCUACAUCGGCCCCCGCGUCUCCCUCUUCGACAUCUGCGUCGACGACGAGUCUGCCGGCCGCAUCGACGAUUGGUUCGCCGCGCUCUCCCGCUGCCGCGUCGAGUCCAUCCACAUGUGUGGCCGACUCAGAUCAGGCUACUUCAACCUCCACUCCUCCAUCUUCUCCUUCGGUGAUCUCGUGUCCCUGCGGUUGCGAUGCUGCAACAUCCCACCCCUCCCCGUAGGAUUCGCUGGCUUCCCCACGCUCCAGGAGCUCGACCUCAUCUUUGUUGUCUUCCCAGCCAAUGGGGACAAACAGUUGGAGGCUAUCAUUCGUCGGUCACCCUUGCUUCGUACCCUGGAUAUGUUUGAUGUAUGCAUCUCUGAUGACUACCCAGAAUCAGUGAUUGAGGCGCCCAAUCUCCGUAUCCUAUCAAUCUAUUCAGAGUAUGACUAUGGCUGGCGAUUUGGAGAGCUGCCGUGCCUCGAAUAUGCCAACAUUGAUCUGUUGUUCUGUCCGCAGCAUGAACGUGAUUUUGGAGAUUUCCUUGCUCGGUUUGCUCACGUUCAAAAGCUCAGUCUCUUCUCGCCGGCUGAUGAUGUUAAGAUGCCGUAUACACUUCCAUUCACCUUUUAUAACUUGAAGAACUUGAUGUUAUCUAUGGACUUUACUGAAAUGCGCCCCAUUUUGUUCAUGUUUACCUUGCUAAGGAGUUGUGACAACCUUCAAAAGCUAGAAAUAGAGUCGCGGGACGUCUUUGGUCAGGGUUUUGAGGCAGAUUGGGAGUUCUUAAAUGCUCUGUGGACUGAUGGCAUGUGUGCCAGUCUUCAAAUUGUGCAGAUGAGUCGUGUCAUUUGGCUUCCAAAUGAAAUUUUACUUAUGAAGCUUAUCCUCUCUAAAGCAAGGCUUCUUCGCACAUUAUAUGUUGAUACACACCCAGAUGAUUUUGAUGAUCCAAUAAUUGACUUACUAAAAUGCAAAAGAGCUUCAGCUCAAGCUCGUGUCCUGUUUGAAGGUUUGGCGCAGCAGUAUUAGAUGAGGCAGAUUGGUUCACUCGAUGAGACAGGACCUGCUUUCUCUGCUGAAGUGUUUUUCUCUUUCAUCAUAUAAUCAUCAUACGAAGCAUGCUGAACAUGGCUAAGGAACCGGCGUAUUUCUGUCUUGUUCAGAAGAAACUGAUGUGCUAUUGGUUGUUCACUGGUUCAGUAGGAUAUUCGUGGUAGUACCCAGAGUAGUUUGGUUAAUGAAGCAUUCCUCCAAACUUGCCUGAGUAGCUUUAAUACGGCUAUCCUUUCGAUAAACCGACCCCCGGACCCCCGGAACUUGUUGCUUGCCAAGCCGGGCUUAUGCAAUAGCCAAUACAAUGGAGUCUUCACUGUGUAGUGAAAGCUGCUCCCCUUUAUUUCAUACUCCUGUUUGUUUGGUCCGGUUCCAGUUAAUGAGAUUAAUUGAUUUCCAACAUUAGUUUCUCUACAA